AACGUAAAAUGUCGUGAAUGCCGCAAAACGUCAGCUGACCUGCGUGACACGCCACACGUAGAUUUUCAAUUCGAGCAGGAGAAAGUUUACCUGAUUGUAGAGGAUUUAACGACGUGUUAGACAGCAGCGGGGAUUUUAUAUGUCGGAGUAAAGUUUGACGAGUCUCUCGAUGCGCGUGGUGGACAACACGGUCAAGCCCGCUUCACACGAGAUGCCCAACAAAGGCAGGCGCCGACAGCGCAGGGAGAGUGAGGUGUUCGAGGACUCGUCUGAUGAAGGGGUGGAGGCAGCUGGGCAGUCUGGUGUGCAAUGCCCCCACAUAAACAAAGGAGUGAACCAGGCGCAGGUGAAGAAGGCCCUACAGAAGGGUUCGCCCCACCUGGAGUGUGGGGGGUGUUCUAAGGAGGGUGCGUCAGGGGCCCGGGGCAGGACAGAGCCCGCACCAGACUCCACUCUAGCUGAGGAGUUAGAGGCCACUCUCUGGCUCUGCUUACAAUGUGGACAUCAGGGCUGUGGCAGGAACAGCAGGAGUCAGCACGCCCUGAAGCACUACGAGACGCCUCGCUCCGGCUGUCACUCUGUCGUGGUCAACACAACCACAUGGAUGGUGUGGUGCUAUGAAUGUGACAACGACGUUGCCUUUGACCGUGGUAAGAAGCUUGCCCUGUGCGUAGACUUUGUACGCAGACAUUACGGCAUCCCCAGACUUCCAAAUGAUUCCACAGGUAAGAAGAGUCCCCAGCAGACCAGUCCCAGAGAGGAGACAGUUGAUGCAGGUGCCAUGGCAGGGAAGGGAGCGGAUAAAUACAACCUCAACACUUCAAAGUCUCCACUAGCUAGAGUUAAGGGACUGAGCAACCUUGGGAACACCUGUUUCUUCAAUGCAGUCAUGCAGAACCUGAGUCAGACCCAUGUGUUAGAGGCAGCCCUAAUGUGGUCCACUAAGGGAGGCACCAUGACACUCUACCCACCUACUGUCAAUGAUCUACAACUACAGCUGGAACCCCUGGAGGUGAUGUUGGCAGCCCCACCCAGUGCUCUACAGAGUGCUCUACUCUCCUUCCUCCGUGAGAUGACCACGCCCUCGGGCAAGGCCAACCUCAACCCUAAACACCUGUUUGGACAGGUGUGCCAGAAGUCUCCCCGGUUUAAAGGCUUCCAGCAGCAGGACAGCCAUGAACUUCUCAGGUAUCUACUGGACGGACUCAGGCUGGAGGAACUCAAGAGAGUUAAGUCUGGCAUCUUGAGGAAGUUUGGACUGUCAGAGUCUACCAACCCGAAAACUGUUGAAGAUGAAGUGAGAGGAAGAGUCAAAGAUUAUGGCCGACUUGUGAGAGAAACUUUUGUAGACUUUGUGUUUGGUGGGCAGAUGGUCAAUACUGUGCAGUGUGAGGAGUGUAAAAAUAUUUCUCAAGUCCAUGAGCCAUUUCUUGAUAUUUCUCUUCCUAUUGUGGAAGAGAGGUCCCCACCCUCUAGAGGUAGCAAUCCUUCGAGCAAUAAACAGAAGGGGAAGGGAGCAAAGGGCCGUACCAACAUGGACAGUGAGACGGGGGAGGCAGCACACAUGGCCAUGAAUGAGCUAGCACAGAGGGACGACCAGUCUCCCAGCAAGCACCAGCUCAAGAAGGCCAAGAAACAAGCCAGGAGGGAAGCAAAGAAGACCCAGAAGAAAGGAAAGACACCCCCUGCUUCUGAGGUAACUUCGCCUACAGCUGCAGCAGCUGUUCAACAGGAGGGUCAGGAAGAAGCAGAAGCUAAGAAUCCUGAGGUGCAACAGGAGAAGGUUGCAGCAGAUGAAAGUGACACUUCUCAAGAGAAAGGUGAGAACCCUUCCUCAUCCAUGGAAGAUGCAGACGAAUGCUCAGACUCAGAAGCCAUCACUAAACCAAGCAGCAAACCCACAACCCCCAAACAUAGCCCUUCAAAGGAAAAUGCUCCGACUACCAAUCCACAGCCUACAGAGGAAAGAGGUGAUGCUACAGAGGGAAAGGAUGUUAAAGAGGUUACAAAGAAACUAGCAGCAAUGGGUAUAGAAUCAGAACACAACUAUGCUGCAAAACCUGAAAAUAAGAGCAAACCACAAGAUGCAGAUAGACCGACUUCUUUAGACUGUAACACUAAGGAAAAGGGAAGCUCCAAGGGACAGAGUGAACAAACCUCUAGUGAAGCAAGUAAGGGUAAAAGUGUCACAGAAGAUGUGAACUCCACUGAAAGUGAGCUGUGCUCCCGCAUUGACCACCUGCGAAUGUCAGGCACCGAAUCUGAUGCUACCUCCCCUACACAAAGCCCCGAUAGAACUCAGGACAGUGUUGAAAAGGGGAGUGAGAAUGAUGUUCAAGACCUUAAAACACAAGACGAGCCGGAAGAUGAUAAAACAAAGAUCAUUCCUCAAGGUGAAGACGUUGUUCAAGACAAUAAGGAAGUUGAAGAAGCAGAGGAACAAACCACUACGACUGUCGUUUCCCAAGAAGGUAAAAAUGGCAGUUUUCCUUCCAUAACCCUUACCCAAGGCAGCCCCAAGAGAGUCUCAAAAACACUGAAAGACGAGAGAAACGAGUGUCUCAAGUCGAAGGUGCAGUACUCGUUUGAGGAGAUAUCAGAGGAAGGGGGGGCUGUAGGUGGGAGGGGGAGGAGUUCCUCAGAGUCCAGUGUGGGUGAGGAGGUAGUGGGGAACACCAAACCACCAUCCACCCUGGCUCCCAGGUACCUGGGCAGCUCACAGGAGUGCUCCAUACAGUUCUGUCUGCACCAGUUUACUGCACCUGAGCUCCUGACUGGCACCAACAAGUUUGGCUGUGAGUUCUGCACCAGGAGGAAGAGGAAAGAGACUGGCAAAACUGAAAGGGAGAAAGACAAGGAUGACACGGUGUACUGUAAUGCCAGUAAACAGAUGCUGGUCUCCUGGCCACCUGAUGUUCUCACUCUGCAUCUCAAGAGAUUUCAACAGGCUGGUUACAGCCUUAGGAAGGUGAACAGACAUGUCAACUUCCCCCUGAUGUUGGACCUGGCUCCUUUUUGUACCAGCACAUGCAAGCCUAUUGCCGACAACUACAACCGAAUCCUCUACACAUUAUACGGCAUUGUUGAGCACAGUGGAAGUCUGCGGGCAGGCCACUACACAGCUUACGUCAAAGUUCGACAGGCUUCCGACAAGCUGAGAACCCAGGUCCUCAACAAGCCUAACUCUUGGAACUAUGGGAAGGGGACGCCUAGGAACAAGGUGGGGGCAGGUGGUCAACAAGGUAACUUGGUGAAUGGAGACGUCUCAUUGGACGAAUCAGAUGAUGAGGUUGACUGGAAAGGAGGAGACUCCGCCCCUUUGCCACCUCUUCCAGAGGGGAAAUGGUACCACAUAAGCGACACACAUGUGAGCGAGGUGUCAGAGUCUAAAGUUUUAAAUGCACAAGCUUUCCUGCUUUUCUAUGAAAGGCUCUUGUCUUAAAGACUGCUAAACACCAUCAAUUUUGUAUGCAAAAUACUUUUAUGGCUACAUUUUCCUUUCUUACUUUUCACAAGAUUAUUUCCAAAGAGACUAAAUGAUAUUUGAAGGGAUAGCUCACAAACUUAGUUGAGACACAAAGAAGCACUAUUUCACUUGUGUAAGUAAAAAAUUCAGUACAAAAUCAAUCUUUUUUGGUUUUCUGGGGCUGGAAUAUUAAAAUCAACUUUCGCUUCAGUCAUUGACUUAUGAAUUAAAUGUAGGCAGACUUUAAGAGGAAGAGUUUGGUAAUUUUUGUCACAAUAUUUUACUGUUUCACCUUCAUUUUGCUGUAGCCAUAUUCCAAGGUGUAAUGAUUACAAUGAAUCACUGCAGCAACGGGUGAAUUUUGGAUAUUUAUUCAUAAUGUCUAUGUGGGAUAACUUAUGAUUAACCAAAUAUGAUUUGUCAGUUCACCAGCAUAUAUAGUUUAAGUCUGCAGGGACUAGCUUUAAGUGGACAUUUAAAGAUAUCUGUAAAAAGAUACAGCAAAAAUACUGUAUAUCCUUCAUGCAAUAAUGAAGUACAUGUACUCACAAAAGAUUCGAUAAGCAAUCCAAUAUAUAUAAACUUUAGAAUCAUAGCUCUCGUCUAAUAUACCUCACGUACCUGUACAAGUUAUCUACUAAUUCAUGCUGCACUGGUGAAACAAAAACUCAUGUUUUUUUCUUCAUUUUAGAAUUAUUGCUUUCUUGUCCAGUAGAAAUGAUCAAGGCAGUAUGUGAAAACUACAUGUAUUUAAAGCUAAACUCUCUACAUUAGGGGUCCAAGAAAUGACAUGCUGUACAAACAAAAAGAAAGAAUUCUUAAUGUAGAAUGUACAUGUACAUGUAUGGCAGCAAGCCAUAAAAAUUACACAACCAUAAAGUUGAGUGUUAUUGGAUGGCCUAAAAGUUUAAGGUUCUUUUUUCUUUCUCUAAAAGUCAAUUAUACUAGAGAAACUAGAUGUACAUGUAUGUACUCAUAGUAUUAUUGUAAGUCUCAUUGCUUCAUUCCUAGAGUGAUUAGGUUUUUAUAAUAUCUAAGUUUAUGUCUAAAUAAAGGUGGAGACUAAUGAUGGAUAUGAACAAUAAAAGGAAAGUCUAC